AUGGUGAAGCGCGCGUUCUCUGGUCUCUCCAUCGCGCUCUCGGCGCUGCUGCUUGUUCCACAGUUUCUGCGUGCUGGGCGCGCCGGGGAGGCUCCGGCGGCAGCGGAGUACUACACCAAAACCGAGCAGGAUUACGAGUUUGGGGACUACAGAGGGAAGUGGUGCAUUGAUGACCACGGUUUCGUAUACAGCAUCGGAGAGGUUUACUAUCCGAGCCCCACGGCCUGCCCGUGCACGUGCACCGUGGAUGGCCCCGUAUGCGUCCGACCCAGGUGUCCCCGCAUCCACCCGCGGUGCACGCGGAUCAGGUAUAAGGCGUGCUGCCCUGUGUGUGAGGCCAUGGCCAAGGUCUGCGUCUACGGAGGGAAAACCUACAGACUGCUGGAGGAGUUCAGGGUGUCAAGGUGUGAGAGGUGUCGCUGUGAAGCUAACAGAGGGGUGUACUGCAGCAUUUCCGAUUGCCCGGCCCCUCACUGCGUAAACCCCACCUACGAGCCCAACCACUGCUGUCUCAUCUGUAAAAAUGGUCCCAACUGCGUUGCUGGAAGCAGGGUGAUCCCAGCAGGGGAACGUGUGAACAUUGAUGGGCAGACGGUGUGUUACUGCACCUACAGGGACGGAACGUGGCACCCCCACCCCCAUGCCACCUGCGAACAGCAACCCCAGCCUAGCCCAACAUUCAGUACACGCACUGAGCCCCCCAGGGAUGAGGACACAGGGAGGAAACUGUUUCCUAGACUAGAUCUGAUCUCCUAAAUUAGACUGAAGCAGAGCUCUUGUUAAGUUACAAUCAAACCCCAGUUUUCAAGUAAUGGGACCCAUAAAAAUUAGUUUCUGAGAUAUCAUAUAGCUUCUUAUGACUCCAACACCUGGUUCCUGAGUCUUGCUGUCCUCCCACACAUAUGUCUAUUGUAGUAUUAGGGAAUAACUCUGUUAAGGUUUGUACAUCUUACCCACAUUCAGCAUUAUUUAGGUUCUGAGAUUUACUUAUAAAUAUUGAAAUGUAAAAUGAGAUCAUAUUAUAGUCACUAACAAAGAA